AUGUCGCUGCCAAAGCAGGUGGUGGCCAAGGAGGCAAAGCAGCUAGUACAGGACAGCAGUCACUGGAUCCUGGUCAAGAAGGAGUGGGAGAUGGCAGACAUGUGUGCCCGCAUGCAGCUGGACAAGUACCAGGAGCUGCUGGACAUCAAGCUGGCCCUGGACAUGGAUUUUUUCCACCUGCAAAUGGAGGAAGUGGGCCUGGAGGGAAAGUUCAUCCACCUCUGCAACAACUCCAGUGAGGACCAGGUGCUUGGAGGACCAGGUGCUGGCUGA